AUGGAUAAACAAAAACUGAUGAAAACACAGUCUUCAUUACGAAGACCUCAUAACAAAUCAGAAGAUUCACAUUUUCAUCGUAAGAGAUCUCGUUCUCCUAUAGACCGUCGACAAUGUGGACAGGGUGCUCGUUGGAGUGAUGCGCCGUCUGCAUUUUCAUCCAUAUCAACGUAUGGCAUCACAAGUUCAUCCUCAUUUCGAACUAAUCAUCAAUCACAGCCGAGAAAAAUUUUUAAAGUAAAAGAAGAAAAAAUAGAUUCUAGUGGUUUCAAAAUUUCUAAUGAAGAUCGAAAAUAUUAUGAUAAACAAGUAAUCGAUUUAACGUCAUCAUCUCGUGAAAAAACAUUUAUUGAUUUUGUUGAUAAAGAUGUUGUUGAAACAUUGGAUGAUUCAGACUCUGAAGGAGAUAGUGAAAACGAAGGCGAUGAUGGAGGAAAUGACGACGAACAACAACAGAACGAAAGAGAACCUUGUGUUACUAUAAAAAAAGAAAAGAAUUGCGAAGUGGAAUGCAAAUACAAAGCACCUGCAAUUUCAACAGAUACGACUGAUAAUUCACAAUUACUUUCAGAACAGAAUCAAGCAACUGAAAGUGAGCAAAGAUUUCAAGAUUUUCUACAAAAUGAUUUAGGAUUAGAUUUUUUGGCUAAAAUUGAAUGUAAUGAUGAACUAUUAGCAACAACGUUGUCAAGACGAAGAACAUAA